AUGGCUCCAAAUGACCCCGACGACCUCUACUCGGACUUGUAUGGCGAGGAGGGCGACAUUGGCGCCAACGUCGUGGAUGAGCAGAAUCAUACAAACAACGACGAUAUUUACGGUUCCUCGUCCACCGCCAACAAGUCUGGGCCCGAUUCAUCCGCUACCACUCACGCACAAUCCACCACCUCUCGUUCCUUCAUCCCGCCCCCUCCAUCGGGCAAGGGAGCAGGAUCCUUCAUCCCACCAGAUCCCAAAAAGGAACCUUUGCGAGAAUCUGCGACUCCUGUGCCAGUGCCUGUACAAGCUGCUAUUUACAACGACAACGCCCGCAUUCAGUCCACUCAGUCUGCUGUGCAACGUGUAUCUCAACCAGACUCUACUACAAACACCUCAGGGACUAUACAUCGAGUAAUGCCGCACGAGAUGCCAGAUGAUGGGUGAGUUUCUGUCUCACGAGUGUCCGGCAGUGAGGGUCGAUGCGCAAGUGUUUUGGCGUUGUAGGGAGCAUUUAUCUUCUGAAGCUCUACGUUAAGGGUGCGGGGGACUUGUCCCGCUGGAUGUCGAUCUCUUGAGAGCACGACUCCUUUGUUUGCUCGGCUUGCGAGAUGCGGCGCACAGAUGCUGCUCGAAUUGGCCCUACGGAGUAUAUCUAGUACCCGCACCCAAAAGGCUUUCAGGCUGUAUCUCUAUGCUAGAGCUGGUGCAGCCCCCAGCCAGGCUCUCCAUUGGUCUACGACACCGCUACUGCGCACACGUCACAGCCUUAGCCCACGUCCUUGGUGCUGUAGACAGACAGUUACACCACGUCGCACGCUUGAUCGCUGGUUCAGCAUUCGGGCUAUGCUUUCGAAGCCCAAGUCGGCCUGCAGGAAUAGUCAAUGGAUGCAUUGUCUGCGACCACGGACGGCGCCGAUGGUGGGCGCAUGCAAAGGGCUGCAGAUCCUUCCUCUCGAGUCAUUGUGGCACGAGCACCAGCCGCUGGUCACAUUCAAAGCUCGCUCUGAUACUGAUGCCCAAUGGCUGCACAUCUACUUACACGCUGUCUCCCCAUCCUCUUCCUCGCUCGCGAUGCCCUUUCAUCGACCUAACUGCGCAUACACGCAGGAAGAUGUUUGUUGGAGGGCUUAGUUGGGACACCACCGAUGGUGAGCACCCAUCAUCUCCACAGAGAGCGCACGCUCGCCCGAUGCCUUCUUGUUGCGGAAAAGACUGAAAUUAUCCUCUCGAUCCGAUUUCAAAAUGCGUCAUUUCAGAGGCUCUUGCGAAGCACUUUAGCCAGUACGGCAAGGUCACCCACUGCACUAUCAUGCGUGAACCGGGCUCUGGGAGAUCGCGAGGCUUUGCUUUCCUCCGCUUCGCCGACCCUUCGACAGUCAAUGUAGUCAUGGUGAAGGAGCACUUCCUGGACGGGAAACUUGUGAGCCUGAAUAGAAUUGGUUUUCUGAAUCACUGUUCGGCAGUAUCUGAUGGCCGAUGGGUACUGCAUCCACCUAUAGAUCGACCCCAAACGCGCAGUUCCUCGAGGAGACAGCCAAAAGACGCUACGCUGCUUUGUUGGUAGCAUCCCUCAGACAGCCACAUCCGAAUCCUUUAGACGCACCUUUGAACCCUUUGGGGAGGUUACGGAGAGCAACCUGAUGAUGGACAACCAAACAGGCAGGCCUCGAGGAUAUGGCUUUGUCUCCUUCACCACCGAGGAGAGCGCCGAAAGACUGCUCGCCUCGCAGCCACUCUAUCUGGAUGGCAAACAGGUAUGUAAACACCAAGCGCGCCGCACCGUAUCGAUCAGCUCAGCUCACGUUGAGCAUUUUUGGAUAUGCAGAUCGAAGUCAAGAAAGCACAGCCAAGGUCCGAUCGCAAUGCAGACAACGGUCGAAGAACCAACGUUCGCGAUGUGCAGUCACAGCGCGACGCAGGCUCGUCUACAGGCGGUGAUAACUCCUCGAGUCUGCCAACGGGCAUAGGCAUGGGAAUGACCAAUGGCGGAGCCUUCGACCCUCAAGCUAUGGCGCAGUUCUUCCAACAGACCGGGUGGGGCAACAAUUUCAAUCCGAUGAUGUUCCAGCAGAUGAUGAUGGGCGGGGCAAUGGGGGGCAUGCCAGGCAUGAUGGGUGGUAUGGGCAUGCCUGGUAUGAUGGGCAUGCCGAAUAUGGGUGGCAUGGGCAUGCAAGGUGGUUAUCAAGGACAGAUGGGUCAGAAUGGAAUGGGAGGUGGCGGAGGUGGAGGUGACAACUACGGCCACUCUUCAAGCUGGGGACAAGCAGGGGCAGGCUGUGGGAACGCAAAUGGUCGAUCGACUCACCGCGGCUCGCCAAUGGAUCGAGCGACCGGUUCAGGAAGUCGCGAUGGAGAUCGUUAUCACUCGUCCAGCGCUGCGCACGAUCAGAGUAGAGGAGGCAGAAGCCCCGUGCCCCCGCAAACCCAUGCGCUGCCUCGUAGACCGGAAGCCAGCCUACCACCCAGACCCAACAUGUCAGCGCGCGGCAUUUCUUCUUCGGAAAGGCACUCAGCUCAGCCCGGCGAAGGAGAGCAAUUGAACCAACAGCAGCAACACGGAAGACGAUCCAGGUCGCCUCAAGCUCGAGAGGACUCGUCCAGGACGCGAGAAAGGUCCCCUAGACGUGGAGGCGACUACGGUCAGAGGCAAGGGAGAUGGUGA